AUGCCGCCGACCUCGUCUGUCAGAAAGGCCUCGGUAGCCACCACCGAUACAAACACUGGCCGUCGCCAAUCUGCACGUCAGCCGCGAACAACAACCUCGAGACCGAUCAACUACUACGCCCGCUCCUUCGGCCAGCUCGACAACCAUGACCACCAAGAUCCUGACCCGCCAGGCUUCUUUCCUGCCGUCCAGUACUUUGCCGACUUGAUCGCUGCUCUUCCGCGUGAAGUCCAGCGCCAUAUCACUCUGAUGAAAGAGGUCGAAGCGAAGGUCUACGGUCCUACAGAAGCUUUGAAGUUUCUCACAUCCAGCAUCCUGAACAAGCCCGCGCCUCUGUCACGCAACCAACCAUCCUCUCCUCGCCUGCUGUCCUUCACAGCCCCUCCUAGUGCGACAGCUAGUCUGGCUGGCUCCGUCAUCAAUGGCAACCAGCCCACCACUUUCGACCAACGCGUUCAAGACGACCUCGAGUCGCAACAAGACGAGCGAGCCGACCACGCAAGGCGAUCCGAGUUCCAGUCCCUCCGCCAUGUCAUCGGCAACAUGAUCGCCAACCUCGACGAGAAGAACGUCGUCAUGGCAGAAGCGAACCGCGCACUUGCCCAACAGCUCGCUCGUCUCGACAGCGUCAUGCCCCACAUUGAGAUCGAGAUCAGCGAAGAGUCGCGUCUGGGUAGUUUGACACACUGGGCCUACCAAGACAAUCGCGCCAAGAAACAGACUACAACCUCACAGAACGAGCGUAAUAGAAGAGACGUCGCUGCCACAAGCAGUCUCGCCGCUGCAGCAGCUGCUGUUCACGACCAAGACAUAGCCGCAGCAAGAGGAGAAGCCAGACGCGAAACCAAGAAGACGAACCGAACCCAAGCCAUCGACUCAGACUUUGACGACCGUCCGACGAAAAGAGGGCAAACUGCAAAGUCGCGAAAGAACGCCGACGUGGAAGCAAAAGCCAGCGGGCUGGGAAUUGCCAAUGGCACAGCCAGCGCCACUACAACAAAGAGACGAAAGGUCGAGAAGGCUCCUGCUGUCGCUGGUGCACCGGCCAUGGAGCGCUCGGCGAGCAACAUGAGCACCGUGGCAAAGGCCGCAAGAGGCGUUGGCAACACGACUCCAAGAUCGACCCCAGCAGUCGAGGCGACGAAAAAGAAGGGCAAGCCAGGUCCUGCUCCUGGUACUGGAGCUGGAAAGAAGAGGUAUACAAGUUUGGAUCUCUCACAGUGCAGACAACAGCUAACACGACUGGUNAGGAACGCCGCCCUUAACCAAAUCACAAACUCACCAAGGCUACCCAACUCGUCACCCGUACUUGGAAACGCACAACUGCAAGCCGAAACCAUCUCCAGACCUACCUCGUCUCGCAUGCGCCAAAACUCAAACUCGACGUCGAAUCUACAGCACUCGCUGCUUCCGGAGAAGGAAGUCAGUCGUCCAGCAUCGGUGGCCGACAACAAGUCUGUCAAUGGCAGUACGAACGGCCUUGUCGAGUCGAUCUUACCCUCGAUCACAACAAGCAAAGAGGCGCGUGAGAGUGUGGAAGAGGCGGAAGAAGACAAGUUGAAGACUGACCAGGCCGAGAGCGCUGUACAGAAACGUAGACCAGAGCCUCUGGAGAACGAAGACGUGACUAUGGAGGACGCGAGUCUGGACGUCCGGCCGAGACGUGGAUCGAUAACGUCAACACCACGCACAGAAGCAUUCCCCGAGGUUGGUAUGUCGCGAACUAGGGGUAGGCACCUUCACAACGGACACUCUCGUGGUAGCAACACGCCAGAUCACUCGAGAUCGACACACGAUAGAAAGAGCCGUGGAAGACGCAAGAGUGGCAGUGGGGCUCACAUUCUCAAACAAAUCGCCAGCUUUAACCGCAGCCCAGAUGCGGGCAGGCGUCGCGACGACAGCAAGGACUCGGAGUUGUCAGAAGAUGAUGGACACGGAAGAUCGACUCGACGAAGCCAACCUCCCCGAGUCACGACCAUAUCUCGGAACCGACGCGAUGGUGGAAACGGGUCUAGAGGGACGACAGCAUCUCGACGAACAGAAGUUUCGGCUGAAGCAGAAGACGAGGCGGCCGAAGUCGAGGUUGAAGCUGAAGCCGAGGAGGCGGGUGCCGUGGCAGACGAAGAGGAGGUGGACGAAGCAGAAGAUCCUGAUGAGCCCAAGUACUGCUACUGCGGGCAGGGAAGCUUCGGCGAGAUGAUUGCAUGUGACAAUGACGACUGCCCGAUGGAAUGGUUCCAUCUUGGAUGUACGGGACUGCGAGCAGUACCGGGUGAUAACGGUAAGUACAAUGAUCUGUCUCUGUCGAUGCAAUCACUGACACAGAUUACAGUCAAAUGGUUCUGCGAUGUGUGCAAGGAGCCCAAGGGCAAAAAGGCCAAGAUGAUGGCCAACAGACAUUGA